AAAAAUAGAAGAAAGAAGAGAAAAAGCGGACGAUAAUACUAUUAAGACAAGAAAAGGUGUUUGAUAGCGAGAGAGAAAAGAAAGCAUAGAGAAAAAAAGCAAAACAGGGAGAUGAGAGGGGUCUCUAAUGGGAGAUCAAUUUCCUUUCUUCUCUUCUUCCUUUCGUUUUCUCAUCAAUUCAUAACAGGCUUUUCAGACGAUUCUUUAAAUCCCAAAAAUGGAACAAAAGUUGAUACUCAUGCUGCAUCCAGCAGUAACACUGGGUCAACUGUACUCAUUGUAUGCCUUGCCCUUGUGGCAGUAGUGCUUCUGUCAUUUUUCCUUUUCAAGUUUUGGCAAAAGAAGAAGCGUGAAGAGCAGUAUGCUCGUCUGCUAAAGUUGUUCGAAGAAGAUGAUGAGCUUGAGCUUGAGCUGGGUCUUCGGGAUUAAAUUUGUGUCAGAUGUUAACAAUCAAUGUACUGAGUUAUCCUGUGUUGAGGUUGUCUAUCUUGGCAAACGAUUAUGGAAUGUGAAACUUAUCAGAUUUUAUAAGUUAUUAGCUUAUGUGUGCUCUGUAAAUUUAAUGACUGGCAUAUAUGCUCUAAUAGUUUUCGUUACAAAUGUUAAGGUCUGUGCCUGUAUCAGAUUUUAUAUCCAUGAGCUUAUAUGCACCCUGUUAUUAUGCUAUAUCAGUAACAUAGUUCCCUGUAUGCUUUGAUUUGGUCUUGACUCCUAGGGGUGAUUCCCCAGGAGGGCCUGGACAAGUGUUUGAUGUGCACGUGGUAUAUUCUACGUAGUUUCUUUUAAUCUUUUGUAAUUUGGCUAUUAUAUUAUCAUGUUACUGUUUAGGCUCGAGUGUCAGCCUGUGUGGACAUGAAGUGGUCAUGCUGAUGAGGAAGUAUCUUUUUCUAUUUCUUUUUUGAAUGCCUAUAUGUUAUUUGUUUGUAUCCAAUAUCUGCUCAAACUGUGAUAAUAUGCAAAGGCUGUCAACUAUUUGGAACAAUCAGUCUUAUUCGCUUAUUGCAUCUCACUUUUGCUUCCACUUACUAUUUACCUGAUAUCAUCUCG